AUGGAGAAAAAAUCUAUAUCAAAAUUUGGGUACCCGGUGGAGUUGCAUAAAGUAGUCACUGACGAUGGGUACGUUUUAACCAUGUCUAGAAUUCCUGCCCCCGACAAACCGCCAUUACUGAUCGUACAUGGACUAUUUGGAUGCUCGGUUGAUUCAACCAUUCAAGGACCAAACAAAUCACUUGCGUUUAUGGCUCGAGAUGCCGGUUUCGAUGUUUGGAUGGGCAACAAUCGAGGUACUACCUACUCCAAAGAACACCAAUCACUGCAUGUCGAUUCCAAAGAAUUUUGGCAAUUCAGCUUUCACGAGCUCGGACUGUAUGACCUAGCGGCCAUGGUUGAUUACGUCCUGGGACAAACCCACCGAAAGCAAUUGAACUAUAUAGGACACUCUCAAGGUUCAACACAGUUUCUAGUCCUCAACAGCUUACUUCCACAGUACAAUGCAAAAUUUGCAAGCGUUCAUCUUUCGUCACCAGUUUCUUUCAUUCAUCAUGCUACAACACCUGCGGUAUUCUUAGCACCUCGUUUGGAUGAGUUGGAAGCCGCAGUUAAAACCUUACGUAUGUACGAACUUGCUGGCCGUGGUAAUGGGUCGUUCAUGGAUGCCAUUGCGUUUGGCGUUAAAGUUGGUCUGAUACCCGUGGGUUUAGUUCUGAUCAACAUGUGGUACUUCAUCGGCUUCCACGAUUCCGUGAACCGAUCUUUGAUUCCGGAAUUAAUGCAAUAUAGUCCGGCAGGAGCUUCUGCAUUUUCCUUUCUGCAUUACAUUCAGCUGUAUAAUGCCAAAAACUUCCAGCGGUAUGACUACAAACCGAAAGAAAAUCUUCGUCGCUAUGGUAGCAAGUCACCUCCGGCCUAUCCGCUGCACAAGAUUACCGCACCGGUUUCGCUCUACUACAGUGAUGAUGAUAACUUUAACCAGCCGGAUGACGUAGAGGAGUUGGCACUUCGGUUGCCGAAUGUGCAACGCAAGUACAGGAUUCCGGUACGCAAGUGGAAUCACUUGGACUUUCUCUACGCUGCUGAAGCGCACAGAGUCUACAGAGUUGUACUGUCCGGAUUAAGAAAAGAUUUUCGCUAA